AUGCGGCCAACAAUUGCCCUACUACUCACAUCAAUCCCAGCGCUACUCGGAGCGCCCAACUUCUUCCUCACCCCGUCGUCCCCCGAACCUUCCGUAGCGGCGCAAUCGAUCGCCUGGAUACUGCGGCGUCACUUCAGCCAUUCGCACGAAGCCAUCCUGAUCAACCCGGUGUUCAACGGGACGCUCAGCGGCCUACGGCAGGGUGACCUCCUCGGCGAUGUGAUACGUCUGAUCGAUGCCCGGCUAGUCGUGCGGUUCUACUACCCGCGGAAGGACUUUGUGCGGCCCCGGUUCAUGAACGUGUUCGUCGUCGAUGGGUACGGAAGCUUCCGGAGGAUCUACGCUCUGAUGCACUACGAGAAGUUCGACUCGUCCAGGUUCUAUCUGGUGGUGGUGGCCGGGGUGGUGUACGAGGACUCCCGGGAACUGGUGCGGAAGAUUUUGGAGGACAUGUGGGCGUUGGAUAUUGUGAACGUCAACGUGGUGGUUGAGCCGGUUUUGUGGCUUAACGUAUCUGGAGGUGUCGGUGAGCUGGAACAUGUGGAUCUGUAUCCGGACAGGAUGCGAGACUUCUUCGGGUGUGCGUUGAUCGGAGGCACACACGAAGCGAAGCCCUACACGAUCAUUCCAAAGUUGAUGAAUUCUGCGGAGAUAGUGGUCAGCGGGUUCGAAGGAGAUUUGGUGGACAUGUUGGCGGCGAAGUUGAACUUUUCCGUGCGGUACGAGAUUUCUGCGGAGGCUUGGGGUUUCGCACGCGAGAGGGGCAACAGUACAGGGUUGAUGAAAAUGAUCCAGGAAGAAGAGGUCGACUUCGGAGUGGGUUGUAUGGCGUUUGCGUAUGAUCGUCACAAGUAUCUGAAGCCAGGGAUAGCGCACUACACGAGUAAGGUUCUGUUUGCAGUACCGUCAGGUCGACCUUUUUCAGCGUUCGAGAAGCUAUUCAGACCGUUCAGUUCUAGUAUAUGGAGCUUGAUAUUGCUAUAUCUGGUAGCAGGAGCGAUCGUCACCUGCAUUCUACUGUGCAGCCCCAGAACGAUACGGAACUUCAUCUACGGAUACGAAGUCGAUUCGCCGUAUUUGAACAUGAUGAACAUCUUCUUCGGGGGAGCUUUGGAGCGGACUCCAAGUCGGAACUUCGCCCGAACGCUGUUGUUGCUGUGGAUUCUAUUCUGCUUCGUAAUUCGAACCCUUUACCAGGGUUCACUCUAUCAGUAUCUGCAGCGGACGAUGAACCACGACCCUCUGGAGUCCAUGGACGACAUUGAUCGAUCUGGCAUUCGGUAUUACAUGAUGGAAAUCGGUCAGCGGUACUUUGUCACCAUGCCGCGUGUUUUGGCCAGGUAAGUCUUGCUCAAAGGGCUCCAG